AUGAAUUAACAGCGUAGACUUUCUCCAGCUCCAUAAAGUCCUAUUCAACGCAAUAAUAUAAUCUCAUGUAUAAUUAAUUAUUAAAUUAGAACAUUCUAAUAGAUUUUAAUUCCUUUAAGUUACUCCAUCCACACAUCCUAUUUAAUAUGUCUAAUUACAAAAUUGUAAGAAUCCACCAUUUAAAAUUAGAUAAUGAACCAAGAUAAAUAUCAAGAGAAAGAGAUAAUAACAAUCAAAUUUCUUAUUAAUAAAUUUGUCCAAAGGGAUUUUAGAGUUUAAGAUUAAUGAGUCAGCCUGAUGCUAAUUCAAGUAAAUCACCUGUGGUUCCAGUUAUGUAGUCCUAACCAAAUAUAAGACCUAAUUAAAACUCUAAUUCUUUACAAUUAUAUAUAGAUAAUGCUCUUAGAAAUUAAAGAGAAGAAAUGCUAAAAUUAUUCGAAUAAUAAAAUAAAUAAAUCGAUUAUAUGCAUUAAUAAUAAUAACUUAUAAUCUAAUAAUAAUAGUUACAAUAAGAAAAAAAAAAAGAAUCUGUUAAUAUUGAAUCAUAAUUCAAUUAAAUAAAAGAACAACUCAAUUUUUAAAUUACUUAAACUUGUAGAGAAAUGAUUCAUAAAAUACAAAAACAAGAAUAAACUGAUUUCAAAGCUUUGCAAGUUUAAAUAGAGAAAUUGAAAUCUUAACUCUAUUAAAUUAAUUUAUCAACUAGCAAAUAGUCUGAUAAAUUAUAAUAAUCUUAUAGAGGAAAAGAAAAUGAAACAGAAGAAUAUUAAUAUAAAAAACACAUACCUUAACGUAAUUCCUUAGAUAAUUAUGAUUAAUAUAUUAAGAAAUAUGAGUAAUUCAAUAAAUAAGUAAAUGAUUAUUUGAUAAAUCGAAAAAUACCUGAUCAUUUGAGUUCAAUAUUAAAUUCUAGUAAAGAUUCAAAUAGUGAAAUUCAUGAAAUUGAAUACAUAUCAUCAGAUCAUCCUCUUACUGAUAUCACAAAUAUUCAUAAUAUUAAAUAAAAUAAAUCACAUUAAUCAUAACCCUAAUAAUAAAUUGUUUAGACAUCUAUCACUUAAUAAUUUAUGACUUAAAAAACUAAAAUUUAAUCAAAUAAUUAAAUUAAUGAAGAUUCACCUAUAAAAGCAUUGAAUGAACAAAUGAUGAUUGAUAGUUUGGAUAAUAUUAAUGUACAUGAUCCAAAUAAUUUAUAAAUUACUAAAGAAGAAUUUGAUCAAUUAAAAUGUAAAAUUUAAACUUAAAUUUUAGCCUAAAGAAUGUCAACUAUACAUGAAAAUGAUGAUGAAGAUGAAGAAUUAAUGUAUUAAGUAGAUGAAAAUGGAUUUAUUCUUAGUUAAGAUGGACAUCCUUUAAUUGAUGAUACAGGAAAACGAAUUUAAUUAACAAAAUAAGAACUUCAAUUCUAUAAAAGUAAAAUUAAUAGUUGA